AUGUUACGCGCUAUAGCUGCUAAGCGAAAAACGACUUCGACCACUUCAAAGGCAGCCCUGUCGAAGAGGCCGAGGACUUCUGACAAAGGUAAUGAUGACGCAUCUACGGACUGUGCGCAAGUAUCGGAUAGCACAAACGACAAACCCUCAGCAACGAAGAUAGUAAUAAAGGGUAAGGUGCCCGUCGAUCCGCAGUGCACAAUGAAGGCAGAAACUGCACACGUCCUGCAGGAGAAUGAUGUGGUGUACAAUUUCAUGCUAAAUCAGACGAAUGUGCAGCACAAUAAUAACAAGUACUACCUGGGCCAAGUUUUGGAGGAUGACAUAGGCGGUGCAUGUGCUGUGUGGUUUCGAUGGGGUCGAGUGGGCAAGACGGCGCAGACGUCUCUGCAGCCCUAUGCCUCAAAGGCGAAUGCAAUCUCGGUGUUUGAGAAGAAGUUCCGUUGCAAAACUGGCAAUUGCUGGAAGGAUCGUGCCAAUUUCACCAAAAUGAGUGGUCUCUAUGAUCUAAUUGAGCAGGACUUCGGGGAAGUUGAAGCAGAGGAGAAAGCUGAUGAUAACGAGGAAAAGAAGGUGGUGUCAUCUCAUCUACCUGCUGAAGUCCUGGAGCUGAUCCUGCUCAUUAGUGAUGUGAGUGUGAUGGAGCACCAGAUGCGUGAGAUGAACUAUGAUGCGAGUCGGGCGCCAUUGGGGAAACUGACGCCGGGACAAAUAAAGGCGGGUUAUGAGGCACUGAAGACGGUCUCCGAUUGCAUUGAGGAGUUGGAGAAGUGUACCGCGUCGUCUGGUACCAAUGCGAAGGCGAAACGCGGCGCCAAACGUGCUGCCUGCAAAGGUGGGAGUGAGCGGGAGCUGCGCGACCGUCUGCUGCAGGCCUGCAACACCUUCUACACGCGUAUUCCGCAUAACUUCGGUAUGCGAGUUCCUCCACUGAUCUCGACACCAGAGGCGCUGAAAACUGAGUUGGACCUUCUGAAGGCGCUGGAAGACAUCGAGGCGGCUUUCAGCAUUAUCAAGCAGGAAGGCAAGACAGUAGAUAUGCACCCUGCGGAUAGGAACUACAGUAAUCUGAAGUGCAAUAUCAAACCGAUUCCUAGUGGAGACAGGAUGGAAAAGGUUAUCAAAGACUAUGUAGAUAUGACCCAUGCUCCAACACACGAUGUUUACAAGUUAGAAGUCCUGCAGACCUUUGAGCUGGAGAAGAGUGGAGAGGCGGAGGCCUUCUGCGACUACGGCACGAGGCGCCUCCUGUGGCACGGAAGCCGCAUAACCAAUUGGAUGGGAAUCUUAGGCCGUGGUCUAAAGAUAGCACCCCGGCGUCUACUUCGCCGACUGCGCCUCCAAGUCCGCCAAUUACGCCUACCCUACUUCCAAUGA